AUGAAAACAAUUCAUAGGUAUUCAGCAGCAGCAGCAGCAGCAACAGCAGCAGCAGCAGCAACAGCAGCAGCAGCAACAGCAGCAGCAGCAACAGCAGCAGCAGUAGCAGCAAGAGUAGCAACAACGGUAGCAGCAACAGCAGCAGCAACGGCAGCAGCAACAGUACCAGCAACAGUAGCAAUAACCGCAACAGAAGCAGCAGCAGCAACAGCAACAGUAGCAGCAACAGCAACAACAGCAACAAUAACAGCAGCAACAGCAGCAGUAGCAGCAGCAGCAACAGCAGCAGCAAUAACAGCAGCAACAGCAGCAGUAGCAGCAGCAGCAACAACAGCAGCAUUAACAGCUGCAACAGCAGCAGUAGCAGCAGCAGCAACAGCAGCAGCAAUAACAGCAGCAACAGCAGCAGUAGCAGCAGCAGCAACAACAGCAGCAAUAACAGCAGCAACAGCAGCAGUAGCAGCAACAGCAACAAUAGCAGCAAUAACAGCAGCAAUAACAGCAGCAACAGCAGCAGUAGCAGCAGCAGCAACAACAGCAGCAACAGCAGCAGUAGCAGCAGCAGCAGCAACAGCAGCAAUAACAGCAGCAACAGCAGCAGUAGCAGCAGCAGCAACAACAGCAGCAAUAACAGCAGCAACAGCAGCAGUAGCAGCAGCAGCAACAACUGCAGCAAUAACAGCAGCAACAACAGCAGUAGCAGCAGCAGCAACAGCAGCAAUAACAGCAGCAACAGCAGCAGUAGCAGCAACAACAGCAGCAAUAACAGCAGCAACAGCAGCAGUAGCAGCAGCAACAACAACAGCAGCAAUAACAGCAGCAACAGCAGCAGUAGCAGCAGCAGCAACAACAGCAGCAAUAACAGCAGCAACAGCAGCAGUAGCAGCAGCAGCAACAACAGCAGCAACAGCAGCAGUAGCAGCAGCAGCAGCAAUAACAGCAGCAACAGCAGCAGCUGCUGCUGCAGUGCCUCACCAAAAGGUGUGGACGUAUUCUGCAGCCUGCGGCUCUGCGAGCAGCGGGAGAUCUUCGAGGGGCCCCUAA